CUGCCGGGUGGGGCGUUGCCUCCCCAGCAGCUUUGCCAUGUCUGGUCGAAAGCGCCCCGCGGCGGCGCUCCCGCGCGUGGGCGACGCGCGCGAUCACGCUGACCUGGUCUGGGACAUCAUGGAGGAGUUUCCGGAUUGGGGCUAUAAGCGCGUCGGCGCCCGGCUUGGCGAGCGCCUGGGCGUGAGGCUGGAGGGCUCUGACAACCAAGCGGUGCUGCGGCUGCAGAAGGCCGAGACCGCUGCUCUUGGCGCGGAUCGCCAGGCUUCUGAGCUCUUCUCUGGGGACGCGCGGGAGCACGUGGACUCUAUCAAGGAGCCCGCGGCCUCGCAUCCGGAGUUGGGGUACAGGGCCAUUGGCCGCAAGCUGGCUGAUAAGCUCAGGGUGAAGCUAUCUGGCGCCCGCUUGCAGGUCCUCAGACGCAUUAUGACCGACCUCUCCGAGGGCCGCGCGGCGGCGGACGUGGCAGAGCGGGAGGAGUUCAACGGGGACAUGCGGGACCACGUUGACGCUAUUAGAGCACUCGUGGUGGUUCAUCCUGGCAUGGGCUACAAGGUCAUUGCCCAUGAGCUCCAGCGGCAUCUCCGCGUGAAGCUAUCGCAUGCCCACCUCAGUGUCAUCAGGCGCAUCGCGACGGGGAUCUCGGAGGGCCGCGCAGUAGCCGGCGCGCAGCGGGAGGGCGAGGAGCACGGGGCCUUCGCCGUGGACUGUCGCGACCACGUGGCCACCAUCAAGGAGCUCAUGAUGCGUCACCCCACCAUGGACUUUGAGGGUAUCGCCCACGAGAUUGAGAGGAAGCUUCAAGUGGAGUUAUCUGAUGCCCAGAAGCGGGGAAUCCUUCGUGUCAUGGCCGAGAUCUGCAUCGAGCUCGUUGCUGAGGAUGUGGCGAUGCCAGAGCAGACGGACCUCGAGGACUUUACAGGGGAUGUGCGAGAGCACGUGGACGCUAUCAAGGAGCUCGUGGCCUCGCACCCCGAGUUGGGGCACAGGGCCAUUGCCCGCGAGCUGGCGGAAAAGCUCGGGGUGAAGCUAUCGCGGGCGCACCAGGUGGUCAUUCAGCGCAUCAUGACCGACCUCUCCGAGGGCCGCGCGGCGGCGGACGUGCCGGAGUGGGGGGAGUCCAACGGGGACAUGCGGGGCCACGUUGACGCUAUCAGAGCACUCGUGGUGGUUCAUCCUGGCAUGGGCUACAAGGGCAUUGCCCAUGAGCUCCAGCGGCAUCUCCGCGUGAAGCUAUCGCAUGCCCACCUCAGUGUCAUCAGGCGCAUCGUGGCGGGGAUCUCGGAGGGCCGCGCAGUAGCCGGCGCGCAGCGGGAGGGCGAGGACUACGCGGCCUUCGCCGUGGACGUGCGCGACCACGUUGCCACCGUCAAGGAGCUCAUGAUGCGUCACCCCACCAUGGACUAUGAGGGCAUCGCCCACGAGCUGGAGGAGAUGCUUCAGGUGGAGCUAUCUGAUGCCCAGAAGCGGGGAAUCCUUCGUGUCAUGGCCGAGAUCGGCAUCGAGCUUGUGGCUGAGGAUGUGGCGAUGCCAGAGCAGACGGACCUCGAGGACUUUACAGGGGAUGUGCGGGAACACGUGGACGCUAUCAAGGUGCUCGCGGCCUCGCACCCCGAGUUGGGGUACAAGGGCAUUGCCCGCAAGCUGGCGGAGAAGCUCGGGCUGAAGCUAUCGCCCGCGCACCAGCUGGUGAUUAAUCGCAUCGUGAUUGAGAUUUGGAGGGCCGUCCGGCGGUGGGCGCGUCUAUGCGACAGCAGCCUGAGCGGCGGCACUUUUGCGACUUCACCGGGGACCUGCGGCAGCACGCGGGCCGUUGUGCAGGGACUAGUCCAGGGCCGUGCGAAGCCUGCGGCGAGGCGCCAGGCCGUGCAGGACGAGUGCGUCGACUGCGCUCGCACCUACCGGGCUCGCCUCGCGGGUGCUAAGACUGAUGAGGACACCGCCCUGCAGGCCAUCAUCAAGUCCGUGCGCGGCGAGGCGGUGCCGGUCUGGAUGCUGCAGGAGGCGCUCCGCGGCACUGCGUUCGCCGUCUUCCUCGAUGCCGAUAUUGUGACCAUCGCGGCGGGCGUCAAGACCGAGCAGCUGCGCGUCGUGCCGCAGCGGAAGCACUGGCCCGUCUAUCUUCCGGCAGCGCAGCGGUUUGUUACUGCGUAUGCUUUCAGCGCCCGUCUGGCGUCCAUGCGCGACGCCAUGCGCCGCGGCCCUGUAGAUGCCAUGGACGCGGAGGAAUUGUCGGUCUUGGUGCAGGAGUUUGCAGACUAUGAGCAGUACGUUCGCGAGCAUGGCGCUGAGGGGAUAGUCAGCCUCCUGGACAUCGCGAAGGAAGAGGCUGCCUCUAUCACGCCCUACCUGCUCGUCGUCACGAAGCAGAAGGAGCGCGGCUCCGUGGCCAGGGGCCCCACCUACAACUGGAAGAAGACCCAGGUGUGCCGCGUCAACUACAAGCGCGAGGACCUGGAGACGUGUGGGGCCAUGACUCCCAGGGCGCGGGCUGCCUACGACUGGCUCAUGGUGCACAAUCGCACCUAUCGUCGGCACGCGACGCAGCAGAAGCGCACGCUGUCCUACCCGGAGGAUGAGCGGGAGAUGUUCAUCGCGACCUACCGGCUUUUUAGCCGGGGCAUAGAGGUCGCGCUCUUCCCCGUGCUCUACCCCUGGGAGAUCUAUUCCGACAGCGACGUGCGGGGCUGGGCCGGGGACCGCAAGCUGAUGAAGAGCUCUCAGCUCCCGUCUAUGAAGAAGGCGUUCCUGCGCAAGGUGCGUUCUCGGUGCCGCACCUAUGGCGACGCGGAGGCUGUGCCUGAUCUGGCCUUCCUGCUAUACGACAUGGCCACCGCGCAGAAGAUCUCGGCGAGCCUGGCUGUCGCGGAGCACCGGGGCAUCACUCCCGAUGUCGUCGCGGACAACAGCUCUACGUCCGAGAGCUAUUGGUGCCACGAGCAGGCAGCCCCUGGGCUGCGCCGCAUCCGCCUAGUGCGGCAGCACACGCUUCGCUAUAGUCGGGGCUUUGCCUUUCCCAACCUGUUCAUCACCAUCGCUCCGGCUGAAUGGAAGGUUCUACUACACCAGCCUCUAUUCGCGGACUGGAAGGCCGAGAAUCGUCUGUCUGCGUGCCAGGGCAUGUUGUCCGAGCACAUCUAUGAGCUGCUGUGCGAUGCCAUGAAACAGAUUCUACGUCCCAGCGAAUUCUUCAGCGAGGUCCGCGACUAUGUCAUCCGCCUCGAAUUUCAGGGGCGCAAGACGCAGCACAUCCACAUCGCGGCCUGGGUGAUCCAUCGGCAGGUUCUAUCUGGCCGCUGUGGUACGGGGGACAUCUCGCCGUUCGUUCGCUUCCUGGAGGAGGUCUUCCGCGGGUCCGUGGACGUGCAGCACGGCGAGGGUUUCCUGAACUAUAUCAACGGCAGCGUGGUCAGAGGCAAUCAAUCUAUGGAUUAUCAGCCCGAUGCCGCGCGCAGCGGCGGGGAUGACCACUCGGCGUGGCGCACAACCUAUCGCGUGCUGUGCAAGCUGGCCCCUGGCCUUCCCGAGGUGUUUCUCGACUUCGCGGGCGCUGCGCACAUCUAUCGGACUUUUGCCGUGGUCAACGCGUGCGCUAUCAUGCCGGGGAGGCGGGACCAGGGCGACAACGACACCAAGCGGCUGUAUGAGCACUAUGUCGCACGUCUGGUUGUCUCUGGGGAGCUCGACUUCCACGGCAGCUUCCUGAGCUGCAUCCGCACCUAUGCGUGGAAGGACGCCAAGACUGUGACCAAGCGCAGAGGCCGCGGGCAGGAUUGCCUUGUCGCCGUCGGCGUCCGCUAUGCCUUCGAGAUGCAGGACAAAUUCAUCGGGCAGUUCUGCAACAUGAUGUUCCCGCACCUGGACUCUGCGACCUUUCUGCCGCCGUCGGAGACAGAGGUCAUUGCCUUCACCCCGUAUUAUUUGCGGGCGCUGCAAUACCUGCGUCACCUCGCGUGGACGACGGGCACUCCGCCGGGGCGGGUGGACUCGCAUCGACGGCGGUUGGCGCAGCAGCUGCCUCGCGCGGUGGGGGAGAGCGACGUGGCCUAUGCUGCUCGCCUGCAGGAGGUUAUGGACUCGUCCCGGUGGGUGGGCUUUGCUUCGAAUGCUAAGGACAUCCCGUGGUUGUCCGCUUUGCCUGUCGAGUCCAUCACCAACGACCAUGCGUCCUACACGUGGGAGCUCUUUCACUAUUGGCCCAGCCAUGUGAUCGAGGGUGACGAGAACGCGCGCUUCCAGCGCCACCCGCUACGCUUCCCAGAUGCUACCGUUGGCGCGUGCGGCAAGCCUUUCGAGGACGCGGACUCGGCGCUCAACUACCUCGCGAACGUUGCGCAGGUAGAUCUUGCCAUGCGUGUUCCUCCCGGUCGCGCCAGGUCUUUCCGUGCUCGGCUCUUCGCCGUGCGUUGCUUCUAUAACUACAUGGAGUAUUGCAGGGAGAAUCCUUUUGCCAUACCACAUGCCUUGCGCCAGCAGUGGGAAAAGUCCGACGUUGGGGUGUUCCACUUCUAUAACAAAUACAGGGAAGAGUGGAAUCGCGUCUUCGGGCACCGGCGUCCCGUGCUCACUUGGUCUGCCGACCAGCAGGAGGUGCUGCGCGUGGUGGACGGUCUGCUGUCCAGGGCCGACGCCAACGUUGUCCACGAGCAAUUCUACUACGUGCAGGUGGAGCCAGGCAGUGGCAAGACCGAGGUUCUAUGCGAGGCGGCUCGCAGGGCUGCUGAUGCGGGUCUGCGUGUGCUCGUUCUGGGGCACACGGGCACCCUGGUGCACACCUAUAAGACGAAGGUGCAGCACGAGAACAUCAACGUGGAGACCAUGCACUCUGCCUGGCACAUCUACCGCAGUGCGGACACGGUGGUGGACUAUGCCCCUCCCUCGCGGCUCCGCUCUUAUGAUCUCUUUAUCAUCGACGAGGCCUCGCAGAUCGAGGAUGCUGUUGCCGUGCGCCUGCAUAACGGCUUCAAGGAGCUGCCGCAGCGGCCGACUGUCUUGUUCGCUGCAGAUUUCCAGCAGCUGAAUCCCCUGGGCAGCUCCGUGGCGAUGCGCACCUUCAUCACUAUCAUGACUACCAUCACCCUGCACACUAUACAUCGGACCAACGAUGACCGUCUUCUGGGCAUCUUGCGGCAGGUGCGCGUCAAGCAGCCUCCGAAGAGCGUCAUCCGGGCCUUCUUCGCUGGCCGCGCCUGGGACCGCAUUACUCUGGAGAAGGCCGUCGCCAAGGGCAAGGCUAUUGGCGAUGACAUGGGUGAGACUUUUACGUGGCGGACUGUCACCAACAAGGGCGCCGAGGCGGUCAACGCGGCGUGCCUCUCGGCGAACAGCUUGAAUAAGCCCGAGCACGCUUCUCUAUACUAUGGCGACCCGAAGGUGUCGGGUUUCCCAGAUGCGGGCGUGGCGCAGGGGUUCUGA